GGAGGGACCGAAGGUUUUGUUCUCUGCAAAGAAAAGAUAUUUUAUUCAAGAAGAUACUUCACAGUAGGAAGGUUAAAAGAUUUCUUUUUCAAAUUUCACCAACUCACCUUCUGAAGUGAUUUAUCUUUAAAAUCAUGGGAAGUUCUUCAGAAAGUGUUAAGAUUAUAACUGAGUCUAAGGAGCAAGCUGUGUUUUUGAGAAAGAAGGUUAGCUUGUUGAGAUCUGUGUCAUUUUUAAUUGGUACAAUAAUAGGCAGCGGUAUAUUUAUUUCACCUAAAGGAGUUCUGAUGAAUUCUGGCAAUGUCGGUACAUCCCUGGUGAUCUGGUUGGCUUGCGGAAUACUCUCAAUGUUUGGAGCUCUAUCCUACGCAGAACUUGGAACAAGCAUUAAGAAAUCUGGUGGACACUAUAUCUAUCUUCUGGAGACUUUGGGACCACUUCCAGCAUUUGUUCGAUUGUGGUGUGAAAUCAUCGUAAUCAGACCAGCAAUCACUGCUGUUGUUGGCUUGUCGUUUGGACGCUACAUUAUUGAGCCGUUCUUUGCCCCUUGCCAAGCUCCAGUUUUGGCAGUAAAACUUCUCACAGCUGCAGGAGUCUCUUUGGUGGUGUAUAUAAAUUCCUGCAGUGUGAAUUGGACUGCCCGCAUUCAGAUCAUUCUCACAAUUUUUAAACUGCUGGCAAUAGGAUUAAUCAUUGUUCCAGGGAUGAUGGCCUUGUCUGAAGGACGCACCGAAAACUUUCAAAAUGCCUUCGACAGUAAUACAAUUACACUUGACAGAAUUCCACUGGCUUUCUACUCAGGCAUGUUUGCCUACAGUGGUUGGUUUUAUAUGAACUUCGUCACAGAGGAGAUAAUUAACCCAGAAAGGAAUAUUCCUCUGGCAACUAUCUCCUCUCUGAUCAUUGUUACAAUACUCUACUUACUCGUAAAUGUGGCAUACUACACAGUAUUGACAGCAGACGAGGUGUUAGCAUCUGGUGCAGUCGCUGUGACCUUUGGCGAGAGGACUUUGGAAAGCUUUACCCCAGUGAUUCAAGUUCUUGUGUCACUGUCAUGCCUUGGGGCAAUAACUGGAGGUCUAUUUGCAGUUUCCAGGGUAUUCUUCGUGGCUUCAAGGGAAAAUCAAUGGCCAACUCUCUUCUCAAUGAUCCACAUUCGACACCACACUCCUCUUCCAGCUGUACUUUUAAUGUAUCCGCUGAUCAUUUUGAUGAUUUUCAUUGGUGAUCUCUAUGGUUUGCUGAAUUUAAAUAGCUUUCCUCGCUGGUUGUUUAUGGGGUUUGUAACCCUUGGACUUAUCCGACACCGUUACAAACAGCCAGAUAUACAUCGUCCAUUCAAGGUUCCAAUAAUCAUUCCUGGAAUCUUUACUGUAAUGUGCCUGUUUCUUGUAGUCAUGUCCCUUUACUCUGACCCUAUCAACACCGGGAUUGGCUGUGCUUUAACACUGUCUGGUGUACCUGUCUAUUACCUAAUAGUAAGUCGACCUCAUGGACCAGCCUGGUGGAGAAAAACACUUUAUAUUUUCACUCUCAAACUGCAGAUUUUAAUGGAAGUGGUUCAACAGGAGAUUGUGACUUUCUGAGAAUCAGUAACAGAGAGCACUCAAAUCUUUCUGCACAUUUAUCGCUGCAAGAGACUCUCAACAAAGCAUGCCAUCUGAGGGAUAGGAUAUGAUCAUUAUGUGAGAAAUGCACUCUUGCUAAUUCUGUUACAUUAAAUAGUUCUGUGUUAA